AUUCACACUACGUGACUCACGGCACAUCCCGUAGUCGAAAUUGCGUGGAGCGCUAGCUAAAAUCGCAUCGAUAAAACUGGACGUGGCUACGAUCGCUUCGCAAUUUGAUGACGCAGUAUGCGUGAUGUCUUCAUUCCGCUUCAAACCAUCACCGCUGGAGGACUGAAAUUGUUCGAUCUACUCGCGAUAUAAAAGUGAGAUUUUGUUCUUAGACGCUUCAAAGUCCGAUCGGUGUUUGUAAACUCGACAUCGUCUUGAUAAACUUUUUCUGAACUGUUUAGCUACCAGUAUUACCGCAAGUGUGUAGUGGAUCACCGCCGCUCAUUGAGUAUUCUGCGCGGGUUGUUUUAUGUGGUUUACAGUGAGGUGUGGUUUGAAUAUCAAUUCAGCAGCGUCUGGCGUAUAGAGGAGCUUCCGUCAAGCGGUCGCCAGUCAAUUUUUUUUCGGGGUUGGCAUUCUUGUUCAUAAUUAUCCCCAACGUGUGGAGGGAAAAAAAUACCGUACCCAUGCCGUGCCAAAUGCAUAUCAUGCAGGAAGACCGCCAUCUCUCACCGCUGAGUGGUCCGCUGAUCAGCAAGGACAAUCACAGAGAUCGUAACAACCAUUAUUACAACCCCCUCAAAAUGGCCGACUCGGUCGGCGGCGGCAGAAAGCCGGUCUUGAAGGGACCGAGCGGGGAGCGGUCCCUCUCCGAAGCCCUGGCCGAUUUCCCCGGCGAGCUGGUCCGGACCGAGAGCCCCAACUUCGUCUGCUCCGUGCUGCCGUCCCACUGGAGAUGUAACAAGAGUUUACCCGUGGCUUUCAAAGUGGUGUCUCUGGGAGAAAUUAAAGACGGGACCAUGGUGUCCAUCGCGGCCGGCAACGACGAAAAUCAUUGCGCCGAGCUUCGGAAUGCCUCCGCCGUCAUGAAAAACAACGUGGCUAGAUUCAACGAUCUACGAUUUGUCGGCCGAUCUGGUAGAGGGAAGAGUCUGACGUUAUCCAUUAUCAUAGCGACCAACCCACCUCAGGUUGCUACCUACAACCGUGCAAUAAAAGUUACCGUCGAUGGACCCAGAGAACCAAGAAGACACAGACCUAAGCUCGAGGAGCCUCGCAUGCCUCAGCAUCUCCACAACCCCAGUCUGCCUUUCCCCAACCGCAUCGGUGAGCUGUCCGGUUUCUCCCCGGCCAAGAGCCAGCCCAUGCCCCAGCCUCAGGUCCGAAACAUCCGACCGCAGGUCCUGAACUCCACAAACAACUAUCUGACAGCGGUUACGCAAGAUAACCAGCAGCAGCAGCAACAGCAGCAGGAUGCCAUAGCAUUGAAUCGUCCCUCCUCCACUUCAUGGCCCUACUCCUACCAGACCGCAGGGUUCUUCACCCCUCAGCCCCAAGCCACUACGGCCCUCCCGGCCAUCAGCCCGACCCGGACCACCGCGGCCGACCUGAAGAUGGACACCAUGGACGGCAUGGGGCAGCUCACACAGCUCACCUCGGUCACCAGCGCCGAGAACUCCCUGAGCCACAUGCUGGGGGUAUCGGCUAACCCGCGCAGUGCGAGCAACGACCCACGGUUCAUCUACCCAAACUGCGUGACGUCGGGGUUCCCUUCCUCGUCCGUUCUCUCGCCCAGCAUCGAUUCCACCCGAUUCCUCCCCAUGACACCCAGCGCGUUCCCUCUCCCGUCCCCCGAUCUGUUCGGCGGCGGUCCCUCCACCCCUGUCACGCUGACCUCCCCACCGUAUCUGCCAAGCUCCCCGCCCUACCAGUUGUACCCCCACCUGUACAUGAGCUCGCCGUCUCACCAGCCCGUGCAAAACUUCUUCGAGAGCACGCCUCAUGUGCUCCCGCCCAGCACCACUAGAUCCGAGAGCAAGUCGGAAGACAUCAAGCCCAGAGACAUGCCGUCGCAGACGAUAUCGCACCACCCAGGAGGUCACGACAUGUCCACGCUCAUGACCUAUGACCCCACGCGGACCGAUGUUGCCGCAGGUAACAUUGUUUCUCUUGAAGCAGCUCCUGGGAUGCCCAUCCCGUUGUCCUUACACCACGCCCCAGACCCAUCUGGGAUGCAUCCUCUGCCAGUAGACGAAGACCGAAAAGAGGACGUCUGGAGACCUUACUGACUGCAUCAAGCAAAUUAUCUUUCCUUAAUGAUUUAAUUAAUUAAAGGUUGCAACCUUAAUAUUUAUACAAUAUCUGUGAAUCUAAAACAGUGAUAAUCUUAUUAAACACCAAGCAUUUGGUAACGAGGUGCAAGAUUUGCUUGUAGAAUCCAGCCCAAUAUCAACAUCAAAGUCGAAAUCUAGGACCAAAUAAUGACCAAAUUAUCUCAAUUCAAGUACAAUUUACAAAUACUAAAAACGAUUGUUUUUUCACAGUUGCGUAUGGAUUGUUACAGCAAUUGCCACAAGUGAUCCUACUUCUUUUCACGUGAAAUAGAAGCUGUGGUCUUCAUAAAGAAAAUAAUAGCCUGUCAAAAAGUGCAGUUGUCUUCUGCCGAUCGUUUUAACAAAAUAUUUACACAAUGAAGGUUUAAAAAGAAAUAACAAGGCACUGAACGUACAACAAAACUAAAUAAUGAAAGUUGACACAAAGUCACAUUCUUCAAAGAAUCGCGAAGAUUGCCUCAAGAGUGAAAGAGUUGCUGCCGGUAUCAUUUUCUCCUUGUUCAUCGAGAAGGAAUGCCGCAGCCUAUUUGCAGGCCGCGGUUUGUUUCUCUUUCUAAAAGUAGACGUGUGACAACCUUGUUCCCUUGGAAUGGAAUGAAGACUUGACUUUUAUACACUGGUACAUGUCUUGUGCAUGGUUGAUCAGAUGUGUUUUAAUUAUGCGGCGGCCAUCUUGUUUUGUCCCAUUGAUAGCUGGUGCCCUAAAUACAAUUUCACAAUAUUGUUAUGGAUGGGCUGCGGAUACCUGACCAAGAAUGGCUGUCGAAAUUCAUUUAGAUUCUACAGGCUAAUCUCUGCACUAAAACAAACUUGUAUUUGCUAGUAUUUUAAAACUGCCUUGCCCACGAUUUUGUUAUCAUAUUGUAAACAAGUAAUUUAUAACGCUACAGUAGAUUUAGACGCCUUUUUGCGAAGCGUAGAUUUAGAAAUAGGUUGUAGAUAAAAGAAAUAAUAUAUUCCUAUUUAUUAAUAUUUAAUGGCAAAAAAAAUUAAUUGAAAUCUGUAUGGAAUUUCCUGAAAGACAUUCCAAAGAAUUCAACAAAAAGCGACCAAGAAGUGACUUUCAAGAUGAAGUAGUGUUAGUCCCUUUAAAAUAUUCCUCCCUGAAGUGUUGGUUUGCCUUGUGAGUUCAGUAUGUCAAUUAAAGGGCCAGGCCAGUCGUAGCGUUGCACCAGCAACUCUGUGUCAUUUAAGCAGUAAAUGGCGUAGUUGCUCUGACAACCACCUAAGAUUGUUUGUAAGUCUUAUGUGACUGGUAGGUAUACUUUUAACCCUUGUGCACAAACAAGAUCCUAAUUCAGAUUUACACAUAGUGUGAAUUCGUGUGACGUUCAAGCAAAGUGCCAGCUUUGUGCACUGUAGAAAUUUGGGCAAUCAUUGUAUUUUGGUAAGUUACAAGAAAGUUUUUAGUUAAAUAGAUUCCUGGUGAUUGCACUAAUAAAUUAUAGCAUGCAGGCAUGAUUAUUUUGAAAUCCAUAAAAAAUGCCAGACUAUGGGCAUCAGAAAAAAAAACUCUUCAUUAUAAAAAAAAGAAGAAGCCGAAAAAUGAUCGUAGAUAUGUUGUACACAAGGGCGUAAGAGUAUUUUAAUCGCCAUUUUUUUUCUUGUAAUUGUAAAUUGAUGUAUCAUAAUUUGAUUGUUUUAAAAGGAAAAAGAAAGACUCCCAGAGGGAGUUUUGUAAAUGUACAAUUCACGUUAUUACAAAGUAAAUAUUUUUUAUGAAACAAGAUGGAAAAACGAUGUUUAAAAAAAAAAAAAAAGAGGAAAAGUUGUAGGCGUUUGGAAGAAAAGUGAAAUUUGAAAAUCAAACAAAUGUUUUUCAUGCUAUGAGCUAAGUUACAAUUCAUUGUUGUUUCAAACCACCGGGCUUUUUUUUUUACAAGAGAUAAAAACUGGUGGUUUCUUACUUUUGAGGAUGUGUUCACCGUUUGGUUUAAAGCAAAAAUGUUAAGGAACUCCAAAAAAGAACACACACAUAUCAGUUUUAACGUUUUAUAAUGUUAGGUGACAUUAAAUGAAAACGACAUAUUUCAUAUUCCAAGGAAGGAUUUUGUCAACUAGAACAGAGAAAAUCAAAGGAUAAACAGAAAGUUGACUUUGCCAAUUUCAGUAACAAGUUUCUGAGAAGCUGUAAGCUAACGAAAAAAAUAAUAUUUAUAAACGUUUGGUUUGGAAAGCAGGGAUAUGAAGUUUGUAAGCCUUGCAUUGUACAGAGAUGUACAUAAACAAAACUGUUAUUUAAGAAAAGACUUGAUUCAGAUAUGAAAUAUUUAGAAUGAACAAGAAUGCAAAUGUAAUACUUAAAAAAUAAGAUUACCUAACUUGUGUUGUUUUUUCUGAUGUACGUAAUCAAGAAAUUGAAACUGUAAUAACGUCCGCGUGUUUGUAUCAAUAUUUAAUAGCAGCGUGAAAGUGUCAUUGCGAAUAGUGUGAAAUUGCAUAAAUAACAGAAAUGCGUGCUGAAAACUGUAAUUUUGUAUGCUUUACCGUAAUCUAAAUAAAUUUAAUUUAAUUAGCCAUUUUCAAAAACUGUUUCAAACAUGUUUUGUGUUAUUCUGUUAACUUUGUGUUUUUUUUAUAAUAGUAAUAAAAACCUUUCACAAAAAAUGUCCUUGUAAUUCAGAGUGUGACUUUUUUUCUGAAGAGACUAAGAACAGCACUGAUUGGACAAUCAAAGCAUUUGAACCCUUUAAGACAAGUUGUGUGAUUGGUCAAAUAAGGCUACCAAAUGCCUUUAAAAAAAAC